AAUCGGCGCCAAACGCAGUUCUUUUCCAUCCAAGGCUUCGUACGGUGAGGUUGUCCGAGUUGCCAGAGUUCGCACCACCGUCCCCCCACCCAUGCCCCUGCUUGGUGCCGAGUGUUUUCUGUUCAACUUUUCCCGACGUGUUUGCCCAGUGAGCGUGUGUCCAACGUGUGCGCGGCAUGGUGUCCACCGGUACGGCAAGCGCCAGCAACGAAACGGUUCUCGGAAUUAACGCGCCUGCCUCGAUGUAACAAUUGUUUCGCACGCGUCCGUCAUACCGUCCCAGUUGUCGUCGGCGGCGGUGCCGCUUGUCGUGUGUUGCGUUCCGUGUGUGUUUGUGAGUGUGUGCAUAUGUGACUGUGGGUGUGCGCGUCCUAUACCUUCAGUGACUUUUCCUUUUAUUCUGGCGGCAGGGCAAACACUAAGUGAGGUUACUUUGAAGGGCUGACGCGGGAUUAAGAAUAAAACUUUCGAUCGCGUCUUGCCUGCGCCAAGACCCCACGCCCCUGUGUUGCGCGUGUUGCAAAAUUAGCAAAAUUGUUUUUGUGUACGCGUGAGUGUGCGUGUGUUUGUGCGUGAUUGUUGUGUUGUGUCGCUUCUGUCAUCCCCUUUCCGAGAAGGCAAACAUCCGAUCUAUCGCAAUCAAUCAUCUCCUCUCGGUGGUCAAGAUGGUAGACGACGCCAAGAGUGAAAACAGUGCGCCGAACGAAGGCACACCCUUCGUACGCAAUCCGGCCAAUUGCACCUCGCCGUACUCGGUGGACGUGCUGCUGUCGCCCUUCCUCGGCUCGAUGGGAGCGACCGAGGGCCUGCCGCUGAUACGCAUCAAGCGCCCGCCGCCGCGUCGCACGGCCGGCUCGCCGGGAUUCACGACCCGGUCGCCCUGGUCAAUCAAGCUGAUGUCGCGCCGGCACGAGUGCACCUUCACCUACUACUACCAGGUGCUGCUGCUGGACGAAGCGAAACUCAUCAGAAACCUGAGCUGCCCAUUCAUUGCCGGUGCCAAUUUGCAGCAGGGCGAGCUGGCCGACUACAAGUGCCAGCUGGCGAUGGAGUACUGUAAGGUCGAUCUGGCCUACAUCCUUUCGCUGCGCUACGGCGAGGAUGGCGCGGACGGCCCACGGCCGCUGGACGUCCCGCGCGCGACCAAGGUAGUCGAGAGCGUGCUGGAGGCGCUGAACUUCCUGCACAACGUCGCCGCCCUGCUGCACGGCGAUCUGAAGUCGUUCAACGUGCUGGUGCAGGGCGACUUCGAGGCGGUGAAGCUGUGCGGGCUCGGCCGCAUGAGCCACAAGGUGGACGGGGACGGCACGGUGGAGGGCUGGUCGGCGGAAACCGUCAGGUCGACGGUGGCGCUCGGCCUCUGGUCCGCCCCGGAGCUGUUCGAGAACCGACCCGGCACGACCAAGGCGGACAUCUGGUCGUUCGGGCUGCUCGUGUUCGAGCUGCUGACCGGCUAUCCGCCCCACACCUUCCCGGGCGUGAUGGACAAGGCGCUGGCCGAGCCGAACGAGGUGCUCGGCAUGCGCAAGCCGGCCGGCCGCCGCAUCUUGGACGUGUUCGCGAUGGACGAGGACGACACCGACUGCGUGAUGGUGGAGGACUUUCCGGUCAAGCAGCAGAAGCGGCGGAAGGCGGACGUACCGCUGGUGGUGGCCCGCAAGCGGGCGUCCGAAUUCCCGUCGCUCAGCGACAGCGACUUCAUGCUGGACGCGGGUGGUGCUGGAGGAGCCGCCGGAGCAGUAGCGCAAGGUUGGAUGAAGCGGUCCAAGACGGAGGAUGGCAGUGCGUCGGAGGGCACCGGCAACAGCGAGCAGCUAACGAUCGAUCUGUUCAACGACGAGGAUGACGCACCGAAGGAGCAGGAGAAAAACGGGCUGCCUAACCUGGAAGCCACCAGCACCCCUUCGUUGACCGCUGCACCGAUCGAGCCGGCAGCGGGAGCGGUCCAGGGGGAAGUAACCUCGUCCGAGGCAAAGGCGGAGGCGCCCGGUGGCGAGCAGGCCCUGCCGCUUGCUGCGGCGAAGGUUGAAGCCGCGGUGGCCGCCUUCGCCGAGGGCACGGCGCCCGGCGAGGGAGAGAACGUUCCGGGCGAGGCGGCGCCGGCAGCAGCCGGCAAGGCGAAGAAACCGAUCGACGAUGUCGUGAUGGUGCUGGACAGCUCGGACGAGGACGAGGACGAGCCGGCCUUCCCGGACAGGCACCAGCUGCGCGAGGUGCUGAGCGACGAGGAUAGCGAAAUCUACGACUUGUUCGACCAGGCCGGAUGCUACGACGAGGUGGACGACGACGAGCCCCUGUCGGAGAUCGACUCGGAGCUGGAGGACGACAACUUCAUCAACUACGCUAGCCUCGGCACGCGCCCCCCGAUCCCGUCCGACAUUCCGCUCGGGGCGGAAUAUCGCCGGCUGCUGGAGGUGUUUCUGGUGUGCACCCGCGAGAACCCGGCCGACCGCCCGACCGCCCAACUGCUGCUCAGUGCCAUCAAGCUCAACGCAGACGCGGCAGCACCGGCACCAGCAGCAGCAGCAGCAGCAGCAGCAGCAACGCCACAAUCAACCUCACCAGAUCAACCGCCAAACAACUAAACGUGUUGCGUGUGUGCACUGCGUCGCAGUUACUUGUACAUUCAACGAUAUGCACACCUAUUCCAUUACCUUAUAAGUUUGUGGCAAACUUUGUCUUUGUAAUCGUUCGAGGAGCGAAGGCUAUUAGAUUUGUAGCAUUUAGUAGUAUUCGAUUUUCUAUCGCACCUCUAGAAGGAGGGGAGCAUUCUUGCAUGUACAUAGGAAGCUGUUGUUUUUCGGGUUAAUUCUUUCCUUUUUUCUCUUUUUUUUUUGGCAAGAAGCUCCGAUGGUACGAAAAUCCAGCUUGACAAAUAGCCGGUCUGAGAUGGACACGUGCUUCUUCUUUCUUUCACUUUCACUCCGACGAUCACAGUUACGGGUCGUCUAGGUUACAACAAGGAUGGCAGGGAGAAUUACACUAGUUAGGAAAUAGUUCGCCAGUUGAACGCCAACAACCACCCCUUUACCGCGGGGGGUGGGAUUCAGUUCAGGAUUAAUCGCUCCCGCCUGUGCCCGCGCGCCGUUCGAUCUCUGUGAGCAUUGGUAUAGGCGCAAGAGAAACGGGCCAGGGAACGGACGAACAGGGAAGGGGAAACAGGCUGGCAAAAGGAGUGUGGGCAGCUUUGCCUUUUCUGCUCAUUAUUUAAAUCAUUUCACUGAAAACAAACCUCAUCGGUAAUGUCUCUCUCGCUCGCGCGUCAGCGUCUUACGGAAAGACAGCUGCAAUUUGAACUGUUUUAGUUAGCGAGAGAGAGGUCACACUCACCUAAACUUUAAACCUCAUUCACACAGAGAGAGAAAAAAGAAAUAGAAACAUAUGGUAGACGUAAAACAAACAGCUAGAAAGCAGAGAACCGGGCAGGCUCUGUAGAAUGGAUGUAAAUGUAAUGUAAUGCGUGUGGUAGGGCUUAGUCAGUGCGCUGGUAUGAAAACGCUCGUUAGCCGUACCUAUAUAUUGUUAGGUAAAAGAGAUAGGGAAAAUUCACUACCCAGCUAACUGUACAGUUUGUAAAUAUGUACAGGGUAAGACUUUUCGUAACUUAUCUGUCCAUUUCUUGGGUUGACUCGAGUGCGUAAAUGCUGUAUGAUGCAUUAAUCAUACAGCUCUAUGUACGGUCAAUUCUGAAAUGAACUAUGAACCUGUUUUCGAUCGAAAUGCUCAGUGCGAAACGUCAGUGGGAAGUUUAAAACAAAACAAAAAACAACACAUUUUAUCAAUCUUGGCGCGCGCCGGCCCCAUUUUUCUCCCUAGCCCUCGCAGGCACAUUUUACCGAACAGAAGUAGACAUCACCAUUGAAUUCCUUCUUUUUUUAUCUUCAAAACAUUAACCACAACUAUUCUAAUCUAUUAAUUGCAAACGAAAUUAAUGACAAAAGGGCGUUGUUCGUUUAAAUGCAUUUGAAUUUCAUUCUCUUUACACGUAAAAGCAACACCGAGCUGCGCGUGUGUGCUCAGAAGGGUAGGGUAGAAAUCGGGAGAGGGGGCAGCAUCAGAGGCGCGAUUAGGUUUGACUUUUCGUUUUUUUUUUAAAUCAAAAUAACAGAAUAGAAAUGCGCCAAUAACAAUAAUUACCCACCACAACGUCAAUCCCCAAUCAUGUUUCCGGUAGGAAGGGGAAUCCGCUAGACGAAGCGCAGCAAAUUAACAGCAACAAGAGCGCGUGGGACGUGUGGGGUCCCCAUGGUGGUUAAAGCAAACACCGUUUACGUUAAAUGCCGUUGAAAAAUGUAACGCCAGGAAUUGAAAAAUAAAAUGAAUUUGUUAAAACGGUUAUGAUGAUGGCACGAAAAA